AUGGCUCCAUUGUUGGGUAGACAUCUUCAACGUAUCAACUUUAUACUCUCUAUACGACGUGCCAUGUCAUCAGAAGCAAACACCACCAAAUGGUAUCCACCCGUUACUAAGGACGCCAAUUCGAGACCAGUUUUAAAAUUGUACAACACACUGACUCAUAGUAAGGUUGAGUUUGUUCCCGAGGAGGCAGGCAAGAUCAAGUGGUACUCCUGUGGUCCAACCGUUUACAACCCUUCGCAUAUGGGACAUGCCAGAAAUUACGUCAGUAUCGAUAUCAAUAGGAGGAUCUUGCAAGACUAUUUCAACUAUGAUAUUCUGUUCAUUCAGAACGUGACUGAUAUUGAUGACAAGAUCAUCAUAAAGGCAAGACAGGAGUAUCUCUUUGAGAAGUUCGUCAAUAAGUUUGAUUGCAAGGUGACUACGGAGUUGAAGGAAAGGACAGAACAGUCUGUUAGCGAGUACGUUAAGAAGAAUUUGCCUGAAUUUGAAAAAACUGGCGACAUUUUGAACAGUUUCAACAAGUGGGCAUCGACACUCAAUUUGAAGGAAAUCGGGUUAGAGAAGCCUAAGUUCCCAAUGCAUGUUAAGGCGGUCAACUUGGCGAUCUCCGCAAUUAACAACGAUAAAAUUGAUUUUGAUAAGUUUGUCAAUUCAGUGAAGGAUGUUGUGGUUUUAUCUCUAGACAAGGAGUUUGGCCACGAGGUCACUGAUCCUAACAUUUUUCGGAAGUGCUCUUCAUAUUGGGAAAGACAGUUUGAUUUGGACAUGGAGAAAUUGAAUGUUCUAAAACCAAGUAUAGUUACCAGGGUUUCCGAAUAUAUUCCUGAGAUUAUUGAGUUCGUCGAUAAGAUUGUGAAGAGGGGCUAUGCGUAUGUGACCAGUGACGGUUCGGUUUAUUUUAAUACGAGUAGGUUCGACAAGGAUGAAAAGCAUCAGUAUGCGAAGUGUCAACCUUGGUCCAAAGGUGAUAUGGAAUUGCUAGAAGAUGGUGAAGGGUCAUUGACAAAUGAGAAGUCCAUUGAGAACAAGCUGAAUUCGAGUGAUUUUGCUCUAUGGAAGUCAUCCAAAUCGGGAGAACCAUUUUGGGAUUCUCCAUGGGGCCAGGGAAGACCUGGUUGGCAUAUCGAAUGUUCUGUUAUGGGUUCUGACUUUGUGGGAGAAAAGAUGGACAUCCACUCUGGAGGUAUCGAUUUAGCCUUCCCACAUCAUGACAAUGAGAUGGCGCAAAGUGAGGCGCAUUAUGACUGUCAACAGUGGGUCAACUAUUUCUUACACACUGGGCAUUUGCAUAUUGAAGGUCAGAAGAUGUCCAAGUCUUUGAAGAACUUUAUCACCAUUGAUGAGGCAUUGGAGAAGUACAGUGCACGUGAAUUGCGAUUGAUUUUCAGUUUAGUGCAAUGGAACAAUCCUCUUGAUUUCAAGGAGAGUCUAUUGAAUGAGGCCAAAUCCAUUGAGUCUACAUUUGACAAGUUCUUCAGUAAGAUGAGGGCGUUGGCCAGAGACAACGAGGAGAAGCUAGCCAAGGGGGAGAUUGUGAGCAAGAAGUUUGGAGCACUUGAGAAGAAGUUGCUAAAGGAUUUUGAGGCUAGUAAGGACAAGUUCCAUGCGUCACUCUGUGAUAAUUUGGCGACUCCGAUGGCCAUUAGAAAUUUAGGUGAGGUAAUCAACAACUGUAACAUCUACAUCAGCGAGAGCGGAAGCGCCUUGAAGGUUGACCUCUUAGUUGAGAUUGUCAAGUACAUUACGAAAAUGCUGGAGAUGUUUGGGUUUGAGGUGCGUGGUGAUAGAAUGGGAUGGACGGAAGUUGCACGUGCGGGUACUCAGAGCACUGUUGGUUCUGGAGGACAUUCUGGUGGGGAUUCCUUCAACAGAGAGGACGUCUGCAUGCCGUUUGUGAAGGUGUUGAGUGGGUUCCGGGAUGUUGUUCGGGAGACAUGUAUUAAGAACGAGGAGGGGGGAGCCAAGAAGUUGCUUGAGAAGUGCGAUUCUGUGAGAGAUGGGGAUUUAUUACGACUCGGGGUUGCACUUGACGAUAGAGGAGAUGGCCAGGGAGCGUUGGUGAAGUUCCUCAAUGACUCUGAGAGGGACGAGUUGCUCAAACAGCAGGCUGAGAGAGAGGCUGUAUUAGCGGAGAAGGCUGCAAAGAAGGCGGCAGCUGCAAAGGCAGCCUUUGAGAAGGAGAAGCUAAGGUUAGAGAGGGGUAAGGUUCCGCCUAAGGAGAUGUUCCAAACGGACGAAAUGAGGCAAAUGUACAGUGCAUGGGAUGAAGAAGGGCUUCCGUUGAGAACCGUUGAUGGUGAGGAUGUCAGUAAGAGUGCUCGGAAGAAACUCGCCAAGCAGCAGCUUGCACAGACAAAACUCUAUAAGGAGUACCUUGACUCACUGAAUAAGUGA